AUGCAAGUCGAAUCAAAAUGCGAAUCGAGUGUGCCUGUUUGCUGCGCAUGGUUACCCGACCUCGCGUCACUGGCGGCCAAGUCAAAGGUCAAGACGGACAACCUUGGAAGUCGGACAGACAAAGGUGCCGCUGCCCCACGGAGCGCAUUGCAUUGCACCGCAACGAUUCCUCGUCCAACGUGCUCUGUUUCCCACCGCCUCUCGCCCGAAUCCUCGAAUUCUGAGUAUGUCAGUCAGUCAGACUGUCUCUGUCCAAGACGCGCGUGGACCGAGGUAGACUUGCCAACGCAACGCACCACCUCAAGCCUGCCAGUCCCAUCUUGGCCGAUGAUCCGUCUUGUCGCGCGCCUUCAACGUCUGCAACUGGCUUGUUCCUCAUUCCUCUUGAUAAAUCGUCCUCCACGAGCACUGCAAACAACCAGCAAAGGUCCGUUCAUAUCGGGGCGGCGCAAGGAAAGAACGGAAGAUCUCAAUCGGCCAAGACUUUCACUUGUUUUACGCAUUACGCUAUCUGAGGUGGGAGAGCCGAUGUACCUGGUACCUAGGUCGGAUCAUUCGCUCCCCCUAUGCCACUAUCAUCUAUGGACCCUGUUAAGCUCCCCUCCCUCUCCACGACAACCCGACCCCUCAAGGAAUGGGAGAGUGCUAGGCUCGGGGAACCAGAUUGACCAGUGUUCGAACUUGAAUACCAUGCACCUGCACAUGCACCACACACCACGACUAUGA